AUGCCAAAGGAUCGUGGGAUACAGGUGCUGCCCCUCAUGUGGGUGUACGCAUAUAAAUUCGAUCAGGAUGGCUUUCUCAUCAAGUGCAAGGCGCGGAUAUGUGUACGUGGAGACCUACAGACGAUUUCGGCCGAAGAGAAGCGGGCAGCAACGUUAGCUGCUCGGACAGCGAGGACGUUAUUCGCCUUAUGUGCGGCAUAUGACCUAGACCUCCGUCAGCGGGAUGCAGUAGCCGCCUUUCUCAACAGCAAGCUCCAGACACACGUGUAUACCUUGAUGCCAGAAGGGUUCAAAACCCAAGGCAGGUGCUGGCAGCUACUUAGAGCUCUAUACGGCCUGAGGAUAUCGCCAAGGCUCUGGCAGCAGGAUGCCACGAAGGUGCUAAGAAGCCUUGGAUUAGAGCAGGUCGGAGAGGAUCCGUGCGUGUUCGUAGGCGAGGGGAUCAUCAUAUUCUUCUACGUGGACGAUAUCCUCAUAGCAAGUCAUCAUAUGGCGAAGGAACGUGCACGUCAGAUCGAACAGGAACUCGAGAAGCACUGGGAACUUACAGAUCAGGGUGACGCAGAAUGGUUCCUUGGAAUUCGUAUCCUGCGGAAUAGAGCAGAAAGGAAGCUCUGGCUAGUCCAAGAUAGCUACUUUACGAGCGUUGCAGAAAGAUAUAACCUCACCGGACGAGCUCUAGUAUGGACGCCAGGGACCGUUGACCAGCUGGAUCCAUAUAACGGGCAAGCUACCCCGCAGGGGAUACUGGACUACUAG